AUGGAUAAUAUUAAAGAAGGAGAUAAAGGAAAUUUUGAGAAACUUUUACCACCAGUAAUCAACACACAGAACCUUUCUUAUGAUUACAAUUCAAUAAUGCAUUAUGGUCGUUCUACUUUUGCCAUCGACAGAACAAAACCAACAAUUGUGCCAUUGAAAAAGGAUGUUGAUAUUGCUAAUCCUGUUUCUAUCAACUGUACAUUUGAGGCUGGUUAUUGUGGUUGGAAACAUCUAUUUAUGGAACCACCUGCAAAGAUAAAUACUUGGUUACGUUGGUCUGGAGGAACAUACACAGAUGGCACUGGACCAAAAAAUGACCACACUAUUGGAACAUUUGAAGGUCAUUAUCUCUAUUCAGAUGCUGCAGACCGAUUUUUAUCUAUUGCAAAAAUUCAAACACCAGAAUUCAUUGCUGGUGACUACUGCCUGAUUUUUUGGUAUCAUAUGUAUGGCAAGGAUAUGGGCAGCCUGAGGAACGCAGUUGGUAACCUCAAGAGACGGUGGCCUUCAACUACAAUACCAAUUAAUAUUCAUUCUUAUUUUGCUGUGAAAGUGUUACCGCCAGUGAUACAGACUCAGGGUCUUCCGUAUGAUUACAAUUCUUUGACUCAUUAUGGUCGAACAAGUUUCUCUGUUGAUGGUAAAAAACCAACCAUUAUUCCAUUGAAGAAAGGAGUGACCAUUGGUCAGCGUAAAGGCAUGAGUCAAUUGGACAUCAUCCAAGUACAAAGGUUUUACGGAUGCAAAGAACGGAAACUAAUUAAGAUGCAACCUCCUGGCAUGGUUACUCCGAAUUGCACUUUUGAUUCUGACCUUUGUGGUUGGACCCAAGUCGAAAUUUUGCCACCUUUAAAGAAUAACACAUGGAUACGUUGGCGAGGAGAGACUGUCAACUACCAUAGUGGACCUGUAACCGAUCACACAAUUAAAACAUUUGAAGGAUAUUACAUAUAUGUUAAUGCUUUCCGCAACUAUAAUUCUGUGGCAAAAAUCCAGUCUCCUGAAAUUGCCCCAGGAACUUACUGCCUGACUUUUUGGUAUCAUAUGUAUGGGAGAGACAUGGGUUCGUUAUUUGUUAACCUCGUGAAAAAUGGAAUAGCCUGGAAAAUUGCAACUCUGAAAGGCGAACAAGGAAAUGUAUGGAAACAAAAGAAAGUUUUUUUGCAGGCUCCGGCUGGUGGGAAGAUCGAAUUUGAAGGAAUUGCCGGUGUGAUGUACCGAAGCGAUAUAGCUGUUGACGAUGUUUUGCUUUCGCCUGGAAAGUGUUAA